AAAUGUCCGAAUCAGCUCCUCGCCCAUGUUCUACCCCCGGUUGUGCCAAAGUUGCCUCUUCCCUAGAGUGUCCUAAAUGCAAGCAAGAUGUGAACCAACCUUCAAGAUUCUUCUGCUCACAGGAAUGUUUCAAGAAAGUUUGGCCGGCUCAUAAAUCAACCUAUCAUUCCAACAUUCCUGCCCCAAAGGUGGAUGAAAGUUAUACUGGUCCUCCUAAUACUUACGAUCCAUUUGACGAGAGCAAUCUAGAAAGCUUUCAUUUGCGGAAUCGUACUAGACGUUCAUCCAGAGAAAAGGGUCCUUAUGUCUACACUGGUUCGCUCAGAGCUUGUUAUCCGAUCGAGAAUCUUCCCAGACGAUCUGUCCCAGAUCACAUCGUUUUACCCGAUUAUGCCGGAGAUUUACAAACUGGUUCUUCUCCGUCUGAGCAGGCCGUGUCUGGUCAUAGGCUCGGAAAACCACUGAAACCCGAAGAAAUUGAAGGGAUGAGAAAAGUCUGUAAAUUGGCUCGUGAAGUUCUGGAUCUCGCAGCUUCUCACGUUAAACCUGGCAUCACGACCUUGGAGUUGGACAAGAUUGUUCAUGACGCUUGUAUAGAGCGAGACUCGUAUCCUUCUCCACUUGGAUAUGUGAUGUUCCCACGUAGUGUGUGUACCAGUGUGAAUGAAGUCAUAUGUCACGGAAUUCCUGACGCUCGCCCUCUCCAAGAAGGCGAUAUCGUGAACUUGGACGUAACACUGUAUCAUCAAGGCUUCCACGGCGAUCUCAACGCUACAUAUCCAGUAGGAAAGAUUUCUCCUGAGGCAGAAGCUCUUAUCAAAAAUACUAGAAGAUGUUUAGAUCGAGCAAUUGCGAUUUGUAAACCCGGUACACUUUUUAGAGAGAUCGGAAAUGUGAUUGAACCGAUGGCCAAAAAGGUCGGACUUAACGUCAAUAAACGUUACUGUGGACAUGGGAUCAACCAACUUUUCCAUUGUGCUCCAAAUAUACCUCAUUACGCUCGCUCGAAGACAAUUGGUGAGAUGAAGCCCGGGAUGGUUUUCACAAUUGAGCCCAUGAUCAAUGAAGGUGUAUCAGAUGAGGAUCAUUGGCCAGAUAAUUGGACAGCUGUAACACGGGAUGGGAAACGGUCUGCUCAAUUUGAGGAAACGCUACUCAUAACAACAACUGGAGUGGAAGUCCUGACUGCCCAGCCAGGUUGGAAACUGCCAUCAGAGUUUGAAUCAAUUGCAGCAGGAACCGUAUGUGGAGCUGAUUGAUGGCGGUAUAUAAUGUUGGUCCUCGUUAGAAAGUCUAUGAUAUCGAGUCGGCUACCCACAGGUCCCGUCUUUUCACACAUUGUUGUGAAGCUACAUACUGGACUGUCAUCAAUCUGUAUGCCUGCUGAGUUUGUAAUCAAUCUGUGUUUGGUAAA